AUAAAGAUGAGCAUAAGCAGUGAUGAGGUCAACUUCCUGGUGUACAGAUACCUACAGGAGUCAGGUAGGCUCAAUCUGACGCUUCAACCACACAUUUGGAAACAAACGCAAUUUAAGCCAGACAGCUGUCUAAAUAAUGUACCGUAUAUUCUCCUUAUGUAAUGUUCUAUAGCUAUUAAAGGGUGCCCUGAAAAUGUGCACUCUGAGAACAACCACAGAGCUAUUUGAAGUGUGCCAUUUCCAGAGGCACCAGAGGGAGGGAUCUGCUCUGUGUAAUAUGCUGCCUCCUGACCUGCUGCUCAUGCCUCCCCGACAGGGUUUUCCCACUCAGCCUUCACGUUUGGCAUAGAGAGCCACAUCAGUCAGUCUAACAUCAAUGGAGCCCUGGUGCCCCCUGCUGCCCUCAUCUCCAUCAUACAGAAGGGCCUGCAGUACGUGGAGGCUGAAGUCAGCAUUAAUGAGGUGAGCUCAUCUCCUCAUUCACACAAGUCAUUAUUAUCACAGCAUCACAUCUUAUCAGGGAAUCAGUGGACUUUAUUACUGCAAGCCCAGCAACUGUGAUAAAAUGCAGAAAUCCACAUCAGUUUGAUCACAAAUCAGAAAGCAUAUGAAUGCAGUGCUAGGUUUCUGCUCUUCAGUUAUUAUGCAGUUAUCAACCAAUUUAGCUUUAUAAUACAUUUGCAUUAUUACAUUUUAAUAGAUGGUUCUCCAGUGAUUUUGUUUUACAGAGUUUUAUCCUUUCAUUUGAGUCACAGGAGGUUGGUGGCACCUUAAUUGGGGAGAACGGGCUCGUGGUAAUGGCUGGAGCGGAAUUAGUCUAAUGUUAUCAAAUACAUCAAACACAUGGUUUCCAUGUGUUUGAUGCCAUUCCAUUUACUCUGUUCCAGCCAUUAUUAGGAGCCGUCCUCCCCUCAGCAGCCUCAACUGGAUUUAACCUACCAUUGCUUACAGCUACAGUAGUUAUUUAGCAGUUUGAUUUGAGUCUAACCAGCUUGUCUGCUGUCCCCAGGACGGUACGCUGUUUGACGGGCGGCCGAUCGAGUCCCUGUCGCUCAUCGAUGCGGUAAUGCCGGACGUGGUGCAGACGCGGCAGCAGGCCUACCGAGACAAGCUAGCCCAGCAGCAUGCGGCCCAGGCCCCACCGGUCAACGCCACCAACAUGACGGCCAACGCCAAGAACGGAGAGAACACGGCCAACGGCGAGGAGAACGGAGCGCACGCCUUAGCUAGUGAGUCUCAGUCCACGGCCCUGGGCUUAGUGUUUAUUAACCAUAACGUACAGAGAGAGGAAGAGGAUAAUGUCCCUAAAAAAAUGCUGCUAUGAGUUCGCUCCUUAUGGCUAGUUUGUGCAUGUUCUGUUAUUUUGAAAAUCAUUGUUGUGGUUGAGAAUGUAAUGUAAGGAGUCAAUGCCAAUACUGGAUGUUUUGUUAUUCAGAUCAUGCACAUGCUGAUGAGGUGCUCUCUGUGUGCCAUACAGACAACCAUGUAGACUUGAUGGAGGUGGACGGGGACAUGGAGAUUCCCCAGAACAAAGCGAUGGUGCUCCGAGGUCAUGAGUCAGAGGUGUUCAUCUGCGCCUGGAACCCUGUCUCCGACCUGCUCGCCUCCGGGUCAGUGUCUGUCCAUCUCUCGCGCGCUCUUCCUUACUGUUACUGCUGACAAGGUUAAUUUACUGCCAACACUGAGGAAGCUGAGAUAAUAUCAGUCACUUUCAGAGGUUAUUGCAUUAAGCCCAAAUAAUUAAAGUCCUAUUUCGAUCUGUAUCCUGGUUAGAGUUGCAAGAUUCUGGUAACUUUCCCAAAAAUCCCAGUUUUCCAGAAAUGCUGGUUUUAGCAUCUGGAUUUCCAACUUAUUUCUUCCUGAUUCCGUGAAUCUUCCAACCGGGAUGUCUGGAAAACCUGGGAAUUAUGGGAAAGUUAACAUAAUUUUGCAACCCUAAUUGAAUGAAUACGUGACCCAGGACCUUUCUGUGUUUCUAUUUUGUUGUUGUAUUGUGCUGACUGUCCCUCCCCUCCCUGGUGCAGGUCUGGGGACUCGACGGCGCGGAUCUGGAACCUGAGUGAGAACAGCACCAGCAGCUCCACGCAGCUUGUACUGAGGCACUGCAUACGGGAGGGAGGCCAGGAUGUCCCCAGCAACAAAGACGUCACGUCAUUAGACUGGAAUGUGAGUCAAGGGUCUACACACACACACACACACACACACACACACACACACACACACACACACACACACACACACCCCUGCUCCAUGUUCCCCCCUCACACAUUCCAUAACUUUAUUUCCACUUGUGUCCACUGCUCCUGUUCUGAAUGCUGUUACUAGGAGCCGCUUCAAACUGCUUUUAUAUUUUAAAUAUUUUAAUUACUCCAAAUAUUUGUUAGGUGUGAUAUUGUUUAGUUGUACUGUGCCCUUGUUAUCCUGGCAAGGGAACGUUUCAUUGUGCAGAAUGAUGUGCCUAUGCUGAUGUUUAACUUAAUUGAUAUGUAUUCUACCUCUUCCCCCUGACAGAGUGAGGGUACAUUACUAGCAACCGGCUCAUAUGAUGGAUUUGCCAGGAUCUGGACAAAGGAUGGUGGGUUGCCUCUUUUUCCUGCUUUUUCAACUUAACAUGUUGUCAGUUUCCGAAACUGUUGCCUCUCUAAUAUAAAUGAUUUGAACACUAGGUAAUCUUGCCAGUACCCUGGGUCAACACAAAGGUCCCAUUUUUGCAUUGAAAUGGAACAAGAAAGGAAACUUCAUUCUUAGUGCCGGAGUAGAUAAGGUAAGAACCCAACAGCCUUUUCUUUUUGUUAUGAGCUCAAGACUUGAAAUGCUAUGAUGACUCAUUCACCUCUUCUGGUAUUCAGGACUAAAAUAACAUUCUGUUAUUCUCAGGCGUGUUCUAAUUGAGAUGUUUUUCUUUGUGUGCGUUUCUCCCUCCAGACUACAAUCAUAUGGGAUGCUCACACAGGAGAAGCCAAGCAGCAGUUCCCGUUCCAUUCAGGUGCACUGAAUUAUCCAAUGGCUUCUUUCCUGACUCUCCAUUAACCCUUACUAGACAUGUAUCGGUACAUACUUACAUGAAUAUAUACAGUAAGGGUAUUUUUGUGCCGACUCAUUCCUAGUUUCUGUCAAGCACAGAAAGAAAGAAGUAGAGUUCUAUGUUGUUUAUUCAUUGCGUUUUCUUCCGCUCCUCCUCUUGUUGUGACUCAACAGCCCCUGCUUUGGAUGUGGACUGGCAGAGCAACAACACGUUUGCCUCCUGCAGUACAGACAUGUGCAUCCAUGUGUGUAAGCUUGGCCAGGACAGGCCCAUCAAGACAUUCCAAGGACACACAGUAAGUCAGCCCUAUCACCCCACAGCCAAUUUGUCCAGUUUUCUCUGGGUUAGAGGCAUUACCUCCUCUGUCUGUUCUGAUAACUCUGCUCCCCUCCGCUCCAGAAUGAAGUAAAUGCAAUCAAAUGGGAUCCAACCGGUAACCUGCUGGCCUCCUGCUCAGACGACAUGACGCUGAAGGUAAGAUAUGAAUUAAAACUGUCUAGCUACGUCCAGCACUCUUACACUUUAGUAUUGUCAGUGUUGUUGAUUACUGUCCCUGUUAAAUAAAUUAUAUAAAUAGAUGUGCACUUUGUAAUGUUUUGCUCUGGAUUAUAUACCAGAAAUUCAAAUAAUUCAUGUUUAGUAUAUAUCACUCUAUAAUUUUCUUAGUUUCAAUUGUGAUGAAUACCACUCAACAAAUUGUCGACCUGAAAAAUAAACCAAGUAUAAAACCAACCAAAUAUUCUUAUCUAUCUGAACAUUCAGCGUUUUGGAUAGUCACCAUCAAGUUAACAAUCAUGUAAUUUUACCAUGCUAGAUCUGGAGUAUGAAACAGGACACGUGCGUUCAUGACCUGCAAGCUCACAGCAAAGAGAUCUACACUAUCAAAUGGAGCCCCACCGGUCCUGGAACCAACAACCCCAAUGCCAAUCUCAUGCUUGCCAGGUACUGUGGGCAUUCAUUAGUUUGGAUGUGAAAGCAGCAUUACUGGCUGUGAUAACAGCGAUGUGGCCCUGUUACAGGGUAAUAGACUGAUGACUACACUGUUUCUGGGCCAGCCACACUGUCUUUGUGCCCUGAACCAAAACUCUUCACCUGAAUUGCCCCAGUUUUCAUCCUGCUGAAUUGGGGCUUUAUGUUUGAAGUCAGCUAUGACUAUGAGCUAAGUAUUGCUUCUGUGGAAGAGGCAGAAUCGAUUAGUGUUUUUCCUGUGUUCCCUGCAGCGCGUCCUUUGAUUCGACGGUGCGGCUGUGGGAUGUGGACCGAGGUAUCUGCAUUCACACGCUAACCAAACACCAGGAGCCUGUCUACAGUGUGGCCUUCAGCCCUGACGGCAGGCAUCUGGCCAGCGGCUCCUUCGACAAGUGUGUUCACAUCUGGAACACGCAGGUACAGUCUGACACCAUCUAUCCCGACACUGUCCUGCUAUCUGCCUUGCAUGGAGCGGAGAACUGUUAG